AUGACUAAGAAAGGAAAUAUGAACGAAGAUUAUGUUGAAAUCCAAGAUGAAUAUCCGUGUCCAGUGUUUAUAACCUUUGAAAACAGACCAUAUAGGCCGUAUGAAUCUCUGGAAUGGAGAGAGGACGGGAGAUAUGAACGGCUCCAGAAAUACCCCGCAAAAUCAAACCAAAAGGAGAAGAAAGAGGUUGGCGAUGAAACUAAUAAACCUCAAAAAUCAAGGGUUCCUAUCAAAACAUGCAUUGCAGUUAUCGUCAGUGUUAUUCUGAUCUGUGGUUUUGUUACGAUGGCAUCAUUAUUUGCUGUUAAGCUCAAUAACAAUGGGAACAAUGCACGAGAGGAUCAGAAAAGAAUCAUCGAACUUAACCAGUCACUGCAACGGCAAACGAGCCUUUUGAAAAAUGUAAUCGAGUCUCCACACUCAUGGUCCUCGAAUGGAAAAUCGAUUUACAUAUUAUUUCUGAGCAGAAGAACUUGGAUAGAGUCUCAGGUUUGGUGUUCUGAUAUUGGGGGAAAAUUAGCAGAAAUUGAAACAGAAGAGGAGAACACAUUUAUAGUGAACAACACUUUGAGUGAGGCUAGCACAAUUGGAGCUAGUGUAUGGGUAGGAGGAACAGAUGAGGAAAGAGAGGGUGUUUGGAAAUGGGCGUCUACAAAUGCAAAUAUAACAUUUACCAAUUGGAGUCCAGAUGAGCCAAACAAUAUACUCGAUCACGAGCAUUGUCUGGAAUUGGCAGGGAUGGAAGCAUGGUCAUGGAAUGAUAAUUAUUGUAAAAACAAAAGAAGAUUUCUAUGUGAAAUAUUGCAGAGUUAAUCAAUUUUCGC